AUGACGGAUGCUGGUGUGGGAGCUGGCGAGAGCAAGGGCGGGUGCGGCGGGGAGUUUGCUAUUCGCGAGGCCAAUGAGGCCGACCGCGACGGCAUUUUGGCCAUCUCAGGCGAACUCAUCUACGGUGGACAUGAUUAUUUGCCGCUGACCCUGGAUCGGUACUUGGCGGAUGGGCUACGAAAGGUGUUUGUGGCGGUCAUCAAGAAGGGCGAGGAUGAGGAGGUGGUUGGCCUCGACUCGGUCGUCGUUCUUCCGUUUCCGGCUACGGCGCCGUCUCUCUUGUUUCAGGCUCUCCGGACGAGGCCUGAUCAGCAGGGCAAGGGCAUUGCGUCGGCACUGACGGCUGCAUGUCUGGCGCAUGUGGAUGCCGUGCGUACUGAUCCGGCGUGCUUUGGUCUGGACGCUUCGCCGCAGUUGCUGCGGAUCACCACGCUGCCACGAUCAAAGUCGGUGGCCAUGCAUGAGCGCCGCGGCUACGCCAUUGUUCGCCAACCAGACGCGCUGCCAGAAGCAAGUUCUGAGUUUGAGGUGGAGUGGAUCGAGGCUCCGGCGCUCGGCGCUGAGCUGUACGACGGCGCUGCGGCCGAGAGCUCGGAGCUAGCAGCCAUCCGCAGCGACGCAUCGAUCCUUGUCUCGGACUGGGUGCCACUGACCGGGUGCACGGCGACGCUGGAGGCGCUUGCGAUGCCGAACGGAGUGGCAUCGGCGAUGGAGCCGCACGUCUUUGCGGCUGCGCGCGAUCGGGCGACUGGAGCGCUUCGCGGCUUUGUGCACAUUGCUGACUCGCCGCGCCACAACGGGCUCGAACUGUACGCGGCAGUGUAUGCGACGAGCGCCGAGGUGACAACUGCACUACUCCGGACGGUCUACAUCACUGCCUUUGAGCGAAGCGAGACCGAGUUUAGCUACAUCUCGUCGUUCUACCCCGACGCGCACCGGGCGAGCGUCAAGGAGGCGUUCACGCCGGCGCUGACGAUCGGGCGCGGGCCGGGCGCCAAGGCGCGGAAGGUCUACUACGUCGACAGCAAGUUUGACAACACUGGCGGGAUGGUUGUGCUGGAGAAGAAGUUUGAUUAA